UGUAUUCCUAUCCUUUAGAUGACAUUUGGUCCACACCAAGAUAAAAACACACACACACACAUACACACAGACUCACUCGCGCGCGCACACACACGCACACAAAGCAUUCAGUUUUCAUCUUGCCUUUUACUGUACGGUUGCGCGCGCGCUGGAGCUCUCUCCGCCAUCACUCUACCGGUUACUGUCAUGUAUUAACAUCCUUACAUAACACCUGCAUCGUAUUUUAACUGCCAUAUGAGAAGAGCAGAGGGAAACUGCACGGAUUUGGGAGAGCAUCCAAAGCAAAAGGGCUGAGGUUGUUCCAGAAUGAACCGGGCCAUAGCCACCUGCUGCAUAUUCCUGCUUCUCUCUGCUUUCCUGUGCGACCAGGUGAUGUCCAAAGGUGGCAGAGGAGGUGCCAGGGGUUCUGCUCGGGGUUCUGCCAGAGGUUCCACUAGAAGUUCCAUUCGAGGCAGUGCACAUGGCGGACGCUCAUCCCAUAUCCGUGGCUCGUCCUCUGUGAGGGUCGCAGGAGCGGCUGCGGCCGGCGCCGCAGUAGCGCUGGGAGCCGGUGGAUGGUACGCUUCGGCUCAACGCAAACCAGAUGACAGCUCCGAGCAUGGGGACGAUUAUUACACAAACAGGACAGGCUGGGAAAUUUACUUCGCUCAAACGUCUAGUGCAGUAACUCAUGAUUUCAAAUAUAAUGGACUGUUCUCAUUGAUCCUGCCAAUAAACUUUCUGCUUCCUUGAGGCUGGAAUUAGAAGCUUCAAGAGCUUGAAAUGUUCAAGUUUACUGUGCAAUGUGUAUUCCUAGUAUUUUUAAUACAAUGCACGGACUUCAUAAAGAAAAUUGGUAUUAGAAGUUGUAGACUGAUUCACAAAACCUAAAGAAGCUUUAACACGACUUAAUUGGUUGGAAUACAUCUUAUGCUUCAGCAGGAAUAGUAGAGAAUCCGAAUCAAACAAGCAGAUCAUUUAAAAAGCUAUUAAAACUGUGGCUAUAUUUCACUUCAUCACUGUUACUGUAUAUAACAUGCAAAAUACUCUGCUUGUAUAUGUAAUCCCAGUUCCCCUCUGUUAUGGAAGCAAACAACUAGAAAUAUUUAGUGUUAGAAAAGCCAUUGAAUUAUUAAUAAUGAACUUUAAGCAGCACUGAAUGAACUCUUUCAUAGUUUUUAAUAUCUUGCUUAUUUGCGCUCAGACUCUCAUUCCAGGCUUUAUUACACAGACAGCCCAGAUCUUUAUUUAUUUAUUUACAAACUGAAUUUUCCUGGUUGAAUCUGCCCAUUGGGAUGUGCAGCACAGUUUUGAAUAUAUGAAUGAUUUUUUUAAUUCACUGGGAAAACAACAGAUAUGUGAAUCAAACACUGAAAUAAAGCUACUUUGAAAUUCAAGGAGGUUAAUUCAGAAUAAAUAAAUACAGAUGAACAAUAUCACUAUGUAACAAAUUUUUACUUUUUUCUUCUUCCCGGGAAACAAGUGUUAUUUCCCUGUUCUUUGUAACCCAAAUAAAGAGAAAAAACCCAUCUUAACCAUGAACGUUUGGGUUAGUUUUGGGCAGGCUUCUUUAGUAAAAUGGGCUAAUUUUGACGUUUUCGUUCUCUUAAAAGCCCAAACCCAAACUUCAAUGGGCUUAAUGGCUAUUUUUUAUCAUUUUCCAUCAAAAGUAAUUGGAAAACUUCAUUCACUACCCAGGAACAAAGUUACAUAGUGUAAUACUUUUCUUUAAAUUAAAAUGGUAUUUAAAUUGUAUUAUUAAGUAUUCAAUGGCUUUUAACAUCUAAAUGUCUCUUUUUUUGUCUCCAUACACUUUAGAUUGCACCUUUGCACCUUUUUUCUUUAUAAGCGCCAAUGUGCCAUGGUAGAAUAUUUUCGUGUCAACCUCGUACCACAGUAUUUGAUAUAUCGCAAUGACAAAACUAAGCCUUUUAGGCUUAUUCCUUAAGCUGAAUAACAAACGCUAGCUAGCAAAUUACAUACACUGCCAGUCAGGGUACACAACAAAUACUUCUAGUAGUCUAUAAGUGCAUUUAAGGUGGUUAAUCUUAACAGCAAAGAAAGUGUUAUUAAGAAGAAGCAGUGGUUACUGUAUUUAUUACUACUUAUUUGGUGUGACUGAUUCUGUCUGCUUUGUUCGUCAGACAAACUCUUGCAAAGCUUCUAGUAUAUUGUAGAGCCACUUAUUUAAAACAGGUGUCGUUUUAUACAUCGUAUGGACGGCAAUUUAUACAAGUUGGUAAUUGUUUACACUUGUAAUAGAACGGCGUUAUUGUAUUUCUAUGUAAGUACUUUUAGCAACUGACAAAACAAAGACAUACUAAAGAUAAAUACUGUAUCUUUUAAUGUCAUUUUAAUAUUUAAUCAUGCAAUUACAGCUUAAACAAUAUGACAAGAAAAACUUGUCCCCCAUUGUUAGAUAAGAUUUUUAGGAUUACAUAUGGAUAGCUAUAUGCUAAUUUUCAUUAUCCGUGAAGUAUUUUUACUAAGACUGUGAAAUUAUUAUAAGCCCAGAUCAUUAUUUAUGUGUGUGUGUGUGUGUGUGUAUAGCAUGACUGAGAAAAAGCAAAGCUUAAAUGAAAGUAUUCACUGCAUCACUUAUUUGUAGGUGCGGUUUUAAUACUGCGCACACACACACAAAAAAAAUCUGUUUUUCUGUAAGUAUAUAUUUUAUUGUUUACACACUGUAUUUUAUUUGUAUGACAUCAGAGAACUGUACGAAACACCACCAAAGCAUCUUUGUGCAAUAGAUUUUAGUCAAUAUAUUAAUACAGGAUUAUUACUGUUACCAUUCCCGUGAUUAUCACGUCAUGAAUAUCAUGAAUCUGUCAUUACGUAAGGAACAUGUUGUGUGUUUUAUUAGUCAAGCAUGACUUUGCCCAGCUCUCCUUUACGGAAAGCUCUGAUGAAGUCGUAGGCUGCGGCGGUGUAGUUAGGCAUUUUCACAGUAAUGUCACCUAUGGAAUUAAAAGUGAAUUAAAUAAUUAUUUCUUGCAGGCUGAGACUAGUGUUGCCAUUUCUGUGUUGUAAAGUAUUUUCCACUGAUACAUUAUUAUUGAGUCAUGUAACGAUAUCACUCACUCACCUACUCCUGUGAUGGCUUUCACUCGCUGAGUCUUGCCUAAUUUAACUGCGAUGCACUUCAGCACAUGUUGAAUAUCAUCAGAUGGUGCUUCUAGACCAUACCUGUCCACAUAGCUGUUCAUACCAGGAUUUAUUAAUUAAUAACAUGUAAUGACAUUAUAUCUGAAUAACUUUUGCUAAACUGAAUGUCUAAUAUCUCCUCUGUUAUGGUAAAUUUAGAAAACCUGAACCUUUUUUUAACGGUCCCUAAAAAAGUACAUAUCAGUCAUCUAUAUGUUACCUACCCAAAGCGCUCGAGUCUGUUGAGUGAAAAGAGCAGAUAAUCAGCUAUGAUAUCUUCACCAACUAAGUGGUCCAGUAUAGUACCUGUAAUAAUAAUAAUAAUAAAACAUUUCUUUACAUUUAUCAUUAGCAACGUUAUAGUUAAAGACGUGUCACUAAACCAGUGUUUUUUGCACAUCCAGCAUGCUGACUGUUGUCUAUUCAGAAGCUGAAGCUCUUGAACAAUGUUCUAUGCAUCACUUUACAAUAAACAGAGCUGACUGAAUAUAUAAAAAGUAAACUUA